AUGGACUGCUUGGUCAAAGUGUUCGAGAAAGUUGGAAUGGAGUCACUGCUUUUGGAUGUUCCUUUUGUGUGCAAGUCAUGGUACAAGCCGACCCUCAAUCCUUCAUGCUGGCAACUGCUCAUUUUCCCAGACAACAAAUGUAUCGAAGUCUGGCCUUGGGAUGUGUCUGAAUGCCCGGAUUUUCAAAAUCUUAUGGACAGAUUUGCGAGUGAGUAUGAUAUUGAUGGGGAUCGUUGCUCUGUCACCGCUUUUUUAAAGUUUGUGAUCAAUCGGAGCAGUGGAAACGCUACUGUGCUCAAGCUUCCCAAAUGCUGCACAGUAGAAGCCUUUGAAUUUGCUGCAAAUGUCAUUUUUGUUGUUGUGGAAUUUGCACAGGUGUCCUGGCCUUGUGACUUUGAGUUUACCAUGAGAUUUAUUGGACAGCAAACACACGAUCCUAGAGCUGAUUGGCAAGUGGAAAAAUUUGGAGAUCUGGUGAUGUUGGACGCCAGAGAUUGUUCUAGUUUCAAUGAGAACGACGAUGAAAUAUCAAAGCUUGCGUAUCAUAUUAGUAAAUUUAUGUGCGAGGGUUCUGAAUUUCCUGAAUUUCUUCGUGGUAUGGACAAUUUUGUUCUUCCUGUUGAUGGAUACUCAUUUCAUUUGCAUGUGGAUGAGACGUGGGAUGAAAUGCUCAAUGAUUUGCGCGAUGUGUUCAAUGAUUUGAGCGACGAGGAAUGA